GAUGCUUUCAAAUACUGUCGAACAUUUCUUGAUCGCUUAAGAAUUUCACCACCAAACGACAAAUCCCGUCUCGAACAGUUGAAUUUUACUGAUACAAGGGUUCCUGGGGUACAUUUUGAAAAUUACAUAGGGCAAGUCAACAAGUAGUGGUAAAUAAAACAAUGUCCUAGUUUUGUGUUAUUGUACUUGAACGUAUAUACAAGUCGUAUUUAUGUGGUUGGAGUCUGAAAUGUCGGAGCCUAAUGGGAGACAUUGAAGGCGUCACAGCCCGACAUGUUGUCCCCUCCUCCAUAGUCCGCCUUGUUCCCUCCAUCUCUGCUGGUCUGUCAGUGCUCGGACGGUGACACAAGGUGCGGAGCAGAGUCCCACUCUUGGGGUAAUUUGAGGAAAGUCAGACGACACAUACGUCUUCAAAGGACAGUAAACGACCAUUUAAACUGAGACGACAGACAUUUUACCGCCUUGAAACUACAGUAAAAUGGAUCCAAUGACUCAGUCCGCCCAGAUAUCAUCGUCGCAAGGGAUUGCCGAUGGACAGAACUCAGCUGCUGCCAAAGAAUCAAAGCUAUCCGAUUCCUUUCUUUCCUCUUCGCCUGUAUCUCUCAUUCAGUCUCCUCAAGACAAAAGAGUGGGCUCUGACAAGCCCUGCGAAGGUGUUGCAACAUCCCUUCGCUUUCCUUCUCAACCUGGCUCAUUCACCCCUGGUAAUUACGGUAGUGAAGCAGGGCCGCCAGAUGGACAACCAGAUUCACCGAUAAAGACAUCUCCUGUUUCGGAGCGAAUAAAGGCACUGGAGGCUCUAGCUGCCAAAAAGAAGGAACCUGAUUUUAGAAAUGAUGGAGGUUUCUCUCACUUCAGAGACCGCCACUAUGACAAAUCUGAGACCACCAAAUCUCCCACUGAGGCCACCACCAAAUCUCCCACUGAGGCGACCACCAAAUCUCCCACUGAGGCCACCACCAAAUCUCCCACUGAGACCACCACCAAAUCUCCCACUGAGACCACCACCAAAUCUCCCACUGAGAUCUCCAAACCUCUCACUGAGACUACCACCAAAUCUCCCACUGAGAUCUCCAAACCUCUCACUGAGACUACCACCAAAUCUCCCACUGAGAUCUCCAAACCUCUCACUGAGACUACCACCAAAUCUCCCACUGAGAUCUCCAAACCUCUCACUGAGACCACCACCAAAUCUCCCACUGAGACCACCACCAAAUCUCCAACUGAGAUCACCACCAAAUCUCUCACUGAGAUCACCAAGUCUUCCACUGAGAAAAUUACACCAACUGUCCAGAAAAAGGGCAGUUCUGCUGAUCAGGAGUCACCGGAAUCCCCCUUUGAAGUACUUGGAGAUUUCAGACAAGUGAAUGAAUUUGAAGAAACUGAAGAGUGGAUGAAGGCUCAUUUGCCUCCUGUGCCAGACUUUGACAGUGUAGUUUUAAUUAAAGGCACCCUGACUUCAGACAAUGUAAUAUCAAAGAUGGAGAAGGAUGCCAACAUAGUUAUACCUGGUGCUCCUGCUGCCUUUGCUGGUGUCCCUGAUGCUUUCAUGGAUUCUCCUGCUGAAGCUCCAAAACUGAAGGAUGAGUUCAGUGAUGCACAGAAGCAGCAGAGUGUCGAAGAGGAGACUGAGUUUGACCUGAGCUUUUUGCCAACAGCCUAUAUGUGGGAUCAGCAGGAAAAACCAGGUGCCCAGGCUCCAACAAAUCUUGAUCCAGUGCUUCCCGCUUCGCCUGCACCUCCUGCAGGCUUUGAAUCCCAUUAUCCUCCUGUCCAACCACCAGUUGGCACAGAUGCUAAACAGAACAUUACAGAUGAUAAGAAGACCACAUGGACUGGAGAUCUGGAGCCCCCGGAGGCAAGUGAAGCUGACAGCUCAGGAGAGUCAGAUGACACUGUCAUUGAGGAUGGUGUCACUGUUCCUGCAUCUGUGGCUCCUCCAUCUUCUGAUCCAGCAGUAUCAAAAGAUCCUUCCCCUGCUUCUGCAGCUCCCAAUAUUCCCAAUGAGGAAAUGGAGUCUCCUCCACCAAAGUCGGAGAGGAAGUUAAUGCAGGUUCCAACAAUAAAUGUUAUUGAGACUGAUGAGCCAAAUUACAGUGAUGAGGAGAUGGAAAUGGAGCUUGAAGUAGAUGAGGAUUAUGAAGCUGUAAAAGACCCAGCUAUGGAGGCUACAAAAACCCCAGAACCAGAGUCAGAGGACAGUAAAAAUCAACCUCCUAAAACACGCCCCAUAGAAACUGAAUUUAUGGAAGGCUACUCUCCUCCAUCGUCGCCUGUGGACUCCGAUGCCGAAUACUCACCGAAACACAACAUCCUCACAUCUCUUCCUGAAACGAAACAUCAGGAAGCUACAUCAAAACCUGAGGCCCUACCCAAUCAAGCACAACCUGAAAGAAAUCACCCCACUUCCAGUAAAGUAAAUGAUGAAUCCUCCCCUUUCAUGGUCUCAAAUGAAGAUGUGGACUUCCCAGACAAUGAUGACGAGUGGUCAGAUGAAAUGCAAGAUAUCCUGGUUAAGCCUUGCAAGACUGAGCUUGCAUUCAUGGAGACAAAUCCUUACACACAAUCCAAGGUGGACGAGAAGAGCAACACAGCUGUUAAAGAGGCCUAUGUGGAGGAGGCUUCCCUCUCUAAAACCAGCUUCAUGCAAGAUGAUAUAUAUGACCGACAGUCAUUUGAUUAUGAUUAUGACGCAUCCUCCCCCUUGGAUGACAUUGAUGAUAAAGUGUUAAACAAUGCUAAGGAGCGGUUUCUUUCUGAUCCUUCUCAAAUCCACGUCGAAGCACUGAAUGUGAGCGGUCAAAAUCUGGAUGAUUUUACUACAGAGAAUGAUAACGAAGCCUUCCCCAAGCCAGUUGGUCAGCCAUCUCUAAGAGAAUAUCCCCAAGACCCAUAUUCUUCUUUCCAAAGUGAAACACUUAACAACAUCAACAAGCAAGAUUUCAAUAAGAACGUGACCACUGACAUAACCGAUACCAUGGCAAAUGGCAACUCCCUCCCUGCACAGAAAAGUGUCUCAAAGAUCCAGGAGGACACUAAAGAAGGUCACCAUGCACCUGACUUAACAAGCAACCCAGAAAGCACUGAGCAUGAGCCUACUGAUAGCUUUGUGGAGUUCAUGCGAGAGUGCCUGAAAUCAAGGCAGGAUGAAGAACCUGACAACACUGUCCAGGCUACUCCUUCUGAGAACAAAUUCUCUAAAGCUGGCGUGCCUCCUUCCCAUUCCCCUCCUACCAUGGUGAUGGAUCUAGAACAAGAACAGCUUACUAUCAAUGCCCUCAAAGAGCUGGGCAGCAGUCAAGAAGAGGAGGAGGGGAUAGCAUAUCUCCAGACAAAGGUUCCUGAACAGGCAAAAGCUAACCCCAGUGCAGCAUCUAUACAGCAGUCCUCCUUUACCUCAGUUCCUAAUCCUCCAUGUUCCCAAAGCACCCGUGUGUUUCACAGCACGUAUUCCAAAGAGGUGGAAGCCAUUGACGAAUGGGUGGCUGAAGCCUAUCAUCUUGCAGAGCAUGUCUUGACAGCAAUACUAACCCACUUAUCAGUUAAGGAUCUGAUCCACUGGCGAGACCCCAAGAAGUCUGGCUUGGUGUUUGGGCUGUCCAUGCUGAUGCUGCUGUCGCUGGCAGCCUUCAGCAUCAUCAGCGUGGCCUCCUACCUGCUGCUGGCUCUGCUCUGUGUCACCAUCACCUUCCGCAUCUACAAGUCCGUCGUCCAGGCCGUGCAGAAAUCCAGCGAUGGACACCCCUUCAAAUCACUGAUAGAGAAGGAUGUCAGCAUCCCCCCGGAGACUUUCCGCAAGCACGUGGACGCCAGUCUGACCUACAUCAACCGAGGCCUGAAGCAGAUGAGCCGCCUCUUCCUGGUCGAGGACCUUGUGGACUCCCUGAAGCUGGCUGUGGUCAUGUGGCUGUUCACCUACGUAGGAGCCGUCUUCAAUGGAAUCACCAUCCUCAUCCUGGCUGACAUCCUCCUCUUCGCUGUGCCUCCCAUCUACGAGAAGAACAAGACCCAGAUUGAUCAAUACAUCGACGUGGCACGUACUCAAAUCAACACCACAAUGGCCAAGUUGCAAGAGAAACUUCCCGGAGCCAUGAAGCGCAGCAAAACUGAAUGAUCAGCCCCCUCCCCCCAUUACAAACCUCCACGUCACCAUCAUCCUCAUCUCCAUCACCAUCUUAGAGCCCUUUACCUUCUCCAACCCUCCAGAUAACCCCGCCCCCAGUCUAACUCCUCCUCCCUACUCCAUCGACCAUCAACACCCUACUACACUGAACCUUGCUAGGUAGAAAAUCUGAGCUACUCGAUAUUCAAUGUAAAACUACUGCGCAGCUUAACUUGCAAGCAUUAAAAAGAACUGUGCCUGUGCAGACAGGAAGCGUGUCGCUAGCGAGGAAGUGAUGUAGCGCCGCGGCGGACCCUGACUGUCUGUGGGCGUGCCACAGGGGGAAUGGAGGCAGGGUCGAGUGAACUAGACUGAAUCUAUGACCUGGUUUCUUGGUGUACAGCGAGCAGGAGGGAGGGUGAUGGCUGUCUGUCACAAAAUAAGCAAAUGUCUGUACUUUAAACCACAUUUCCCUGAAGGUAAAUGGAUGUAAGCUGGAAAAGUUAAGAAAGUUAAGAUGAAAAAUGUAAAGCAAAAAAACACAACAAAAAAAAAGACUAAAGGCAACGUUUUGGGUGUUAUUGUGGCUAGUCCUAUCCUGCUCUCUUGCUCUGCAGCUGUUAUGUGGAUAGAUAUGAGUUGAUUUUCGAGGCUGGUAAUGGGUUUGCUGUUACUGAUCGGCCUGUUACUGAGUUAGUUUUGUUCACCUUACAGGCAUUUCUCUAUGUAAGUUUCUGCAAUGCACUGAACUUUUCUUUUUUAAACCCAGGAGCAGGUUGAAAUAAAGGAUUAGAAAACACUGAGCCAGCUGUGAUAAUUUGGUCUAGUUCACCCUCUUGAUCAGAUGCAUUUUUUGAAGUUUUCUGUAUGUAUAUAUACUCCUUAAGACAACUACAGGCUCUCUGCUGUAUGGAACACGUUAACCUCGCUUUUUAUAUCAAAGGAAGUUCCCUCACUGACAGCAGUCCUAACUCCUUUUGUUGCACCUGUUCAAGCCACAGUGUUGAGGUCUCUCUUGUAAAUUUUUAUUCUUCUUAUCACUGCUUAUUACUAUUAUUGAUAUUGAUUAUAGGAUGGCUGCUUUGACUCCCUAGUAGCUUGACAACAGCAUUGUUAGAGUUAUGUUAAGUGUCAUUGAGCUUCAUUUUAACCUGGAGGUCUUUCAGAGGCCUCCGGACAAAUAAUUCUUGAUUGUUCCAUAAGUUAAGAGAUUAUCUCUGAUGUGUUCUCACCCUUAAUGUCAGAAUGGCUUCCCACUUCACUGUUGACGUCUUCAAAAAGAUCCACUCUGAACUGUAUGAGUUUUAAAACUAUGGAGUGUAGUGCCACCAGGAUUGAUAUGACUUUUAACGUAAUUAAUUAUUAAAAGGUUCUCUUUGCAGCUUUCUCAAAGAGAAAUGAACGCUCCCUUUUGUGGUUAUGAACAAACUUUCAAGCCCAUUUAAAAUGUUUUUUUUUUACAAAUUGAUACAAUCACUAAUUUUGGGAUCGAAAAUUGAAUUAAAAAAAUACAUUUGUCUUUUUUUUUUUUUUUUUUAAAUCUAUCAAUUCAUUGCUUUGGAAUUCAACACUGUUAAAGUCUAUAACUAAUCUCCUGGCACUUUUUACACUCCAUACAAAACGUCAACAGUGACCUGAGAGGAAGUCUGGGGGUGUGUGUGACAGAAAGAGGGGGGUGUUCUGGAAUAAAGAGUGUAGCUGGGGAUAUGGAAGUGGUUUUGGUUUGGAGUGGUUAUUCUAGAGCUCUGUUUGUCACUUUGUUCCUUUUCUUUGACUGCCAGGAAGCGCAUGUCAUAGUGUAAGCUGGAAACAGAUUCUCACCCAUUAUAUAGGCUGUAUCAUAUUCUUGACCCUGACUUUUGUUUAAUAUGAUUAUUACUUGUGACUGUUUCAAUGGUGUUUUUGGACUCAGUAAAAACCAUAGUCAUAUGUUAGCACUACUGCUACGUCUCCAUAUUGUUUUAAGGGAUGAAUAUUUAGAAGGAAAUGAAAUGUUAGUGUUGCUGUCCAUUCAUUGCACCCCAAAUUAAGUUUGCAUGGAGUCUCCUGAAUACUGACUAGCCAACAGCCUCUCAAUGCAGUAAUACUCAGAGUCCUAGCUGCCUGUGUACUGAAUGUUUUCUCUGGUGGAACAUUCCUCCCACGCAUGCCCUCCACUGUGUUGUCUCCACAGACCCAUCAUGCAUGCUGCCUCCUUCAGGUUCUGGGCAUUAAAGCCAAGAUAUGCAACAUUUCUGUUGGAGAUGCUAGCCGUUAGCCCCCCACACCCCCUCAGUUGGUUGAUGAGCUGUCAGCUAGCCUGAGGCUAAGCUAUGCACCAAGGUUAUUAUAGUUAACGAAAACUAACAAAAUAACAAAAAGUAGAAUUGAAAAAACAUUUUCGGUAACUGAAAUAAAAAUAAAAACGAUAACUAACUGAAACUGUAUUUUGUGGUUACAAAACUAACUAAAAUUAUAGUGAAAAUGACUUUUUUCAUACGUAAACUUUUUGGUUGAUAUGAAAUCUAUUUCAUCUAUCUGGUUUAUGACUUAAUAAACUUAUUGGGGCUGAGAUGGAUCAGACAAAGGAAAUAAAGGCAACAUUUACUGUGACUUUUUUGAAUCUCGCACCCAACAAAUACCCCGUUACAAAAAAACUAAAACUAAUAAAAACUAAACUAAAGCUAAGCAUUUUCCAAAAAAUAAAAACAAAUUAAAACAAGCAAACUCACUCUAAAACAGUUAAAACUAACUGAAUUUGAAAACAAAAAUUGACAACGAAAUUAAAAGUAAUGAAAAAUCUAAAACUAUUGUAACCUGGGUAUGCAGAAUCUGUAAAGGCGCUAAAGAAGCACAGUGAGUGUGAUGGGGGUCCGGACUGAGACUGAAAAUGUUAUUAUGCAUCCUGUUUAUUUAUUUGAAUGUGGAGAAGUUGCAUAUUGUAGCUUUAAGGUGUCAUUCUCAUCUAGCAGCUACUGCAGCACAUUUGUGUCACAUGUUUGAUUUCCAUUUAUUCAGUUUAUUUAAAGGGUCACUUCAACCAAAUGACACACUGUGCUCUGCCUGUCAGACUGUUAACCUCCGACCCAAUACCACAAAAACUCCUAUCCCGUCCCAAAGCCAUGACAUAGUCACGAAAAGAUUCCUGUCCCAUCCCAAUCCUGGAAAAAUGCCCUUUCUAAAUGGCACAAAAACAUUUUUUUUUAAAUUAAAAAAAAAAACACAUUCCCCAGGGGUUCCUUUCCUUUUUUUUUCCAAUAAUGACCACUUUUGGAGGGUUGAAGGUAUUUAUUUAUAUAUUAAAACUGACCUAUUGUAAUGAGUCCUGUGUUACCCGCUCCUGUUGAAUUUUUGUAAUUUAUUUUAGCCAGUGUCUCGUCCCAGCCUUGUAAAAAAACAGUUAAAUUGACUCCCAUGACACACAGGAUUCCUGAGAAAAAAAGUCCGCCUCUACUGCUCCCAACAUUAAAUAAUGAGUCAGCACUUUUAUUCGGAACUGAUCUUCUGCAGUUCCAAGGAGAAGUGGCCGCAAUGAUCAGCACAAACUCCAUUAACAUCCAUGUGUAAAUUAGAUCCGAAGACAUUUUGGCUGAGGUGACCCUUUAAUGUUCUACAGCUAUCUUCACACUUCACCAUGCACAGCACCUUGAUGUUCAGGAGAGGCAGUGUUAGCUGUGUCAGUGUGCUGCCAAGGAUAAACGCGUCACUACGUUCAGAUUCCUAGUUAGCGUCUUUCUUUAGAGUGUAAUAUAUAACAUGAAUAAAAGCAUGUUGCUUUUCUCUGCUUCCUGUCUGUCUGUCUAUCCCGUGUUUUCAUCAGGUAUGGAGUGUGUGGCAGCAGUGUGUUUGACCUCGUGUCUCUGGAGAGUCUUGUUUUUGCUUCGGACUCUUUACUGGUUUCUAGACGUUGUUCACUAACAUCAGCUCUGUUUUGUGUUAGCUAUGACUUUGGUUCUGAUUUUUGAAGCUUGGGAAAUAUGUUGCAGGAAAAAUAAGAAAACUGUUUAAAAAAAAAAAAGAAAAAAAAGUAUGUGGUCUCUGUACUGAUGUCAAAGUGAAAUUAAUAAAAACACGUCAAAGGAC